CUGCACUACAGGACCCUCCUGGGCAGCAGAGCUUGUGCCCACAUGGCAGCAGCUGCCUGGGCCACUGGAUUUCUCACUGCUCUGCUGCACACAGCCAAUACAUUUUCUCUGCCCCUGUGCCAGGGCAAUGCUCUGGGCCAGUUCUUCUGUGAAAUCCCACACAUCCUCAAGCUCUCCUGCUCACACUCAGGCUACCUCAGGGAAAUUGGGCUCAUUGUGAUUAGUGCCUGUUUAGUGUUUGGUUGUUUUGUUUUCAUUGUUUUCUCCUAUGUGCAGAUCUUCAGGGCUGUGCUGAGGAUCCCCUCUCAGCAGGGACGGCACAAAGCCUUUUCCACCUGCCUCCCUCACCUGGCCGUGGUCUCCCUGUUUCUCAGCACUGUCUUGUUUUCCUACCUGAAGCCCCCCUCCAUAUCCUCUCCAUCCCUGGAUCUGGUCCUGUCAGUUCUGUACUCAGUGGUUUCUCCAGGAUACGGGCCCGCCCCCGCCGCGCUGCGCAAACGGCGCAGGGUACGCAAACGGCGUAAGGCGGCGACGCGGGCGGCAAUAGAGCGGCGCUACGCAAAUUGCCGCUACGCAAACGGCGUAAGAGGCUCUGCCGUUGCCCACAGCCCUACGCAAAUGGCGUAA